CAACGUUUACCCGAUUUUACUCUCUACUGGUGCUGAUGGGAGACCGGUUUGGGUUUUAUUCUCUACUGGUGCAGAUGGAAGACCGGUUUGGGUUUUACUCUCUACUGGUGCUGAUGGGAGACCGGUUUGGGUUUUAUUCUCUACUGGUGCUGAUGGGAGACCGGUUUGGGUUUUAUUCUCUACUGGUGCUGAUGGGAGACCGGUUUGGGUUUUAUUCUCUGCUGGUGCUGAUGGGAGACCGGUUUGGGUUUUAUUCUCUACUGGUGCUGAUGGGAGACCGGUUUGGGUUUUAUUCUCUACUGGUGCUGAUGGGAGACCGGUUUGGGUUUUACUCUCUACUGGUGCUGAUGGGAGACCGGUUUGGGUUUUACUCUCUACUGGUGCUGAUGGGAGACCGGUUUGGGUUUUACUCUCUACUGGUGCUGAUGGGAGACCGGUUUGGGUUUUAUUCUCUACUGGGGGCUGAUGGGAGACCGGUUUGGGUUUUAUUCUCUACUGGGGGCUGAUGGGAGACCGGUUUGGGUUUUAUUCUCUACUGGUGCUGAUGGGAGACCGGUUUGGGUUUUAUUCUCUACUGGUGCUGAUGGGAGACCGGUUUGGGUUUUACUCUCUACUGGUGCUGAUGGGAGACCGGUUUGGGUUUUACCCUCUACUGGGGGCUGAUGGGAGACCGGUUUGGGUUUUAUUCUCUACUGGUGCUGAUGGGAGACCGGUUUGGGUUUUAUUCUCUACUGGUGCUGAUGGGAGACCGGUUUGGGUUUUACUUGACCUUGUAUAACGGUAUUUCAGUUUGUUCAAUGUCAGACUCCACUCCUCCACAUGGAAUGAUGUCUGUUUUUAUAGUUCACUCUGCUACGUCAGUCAUCUUUCUCCUUGUCUCUGCUCCGUCAGUCAUCUCUCUCCUUGUCUCUGCUACGUCAGUCAUCCCUCUCCUUGUCUCUGCUACGUCAGUCAUCUCUCUCCUUGUCUCUGCUACGUCAGUCAUCUCUCUCCUUGUCUCUGCUACGUCAGUCAUCUCUCUCCUUGUCUCUGCUACGUCAGUCAUCCCUCUCCUUUUCUCUGCUACGUCAGUCAUCUCUCUCCUUGUCUCUGCUACGUCAGUCAUCCCUCUCCUUGUCUUUGCAACGUCAGUCAUCCCUCUCCUUGUCUCUGCUACGUCAGUCAUCCCUCUUUGUCUCUGCUACGUCAGUCAUCCCUCUCUUUGUCUCUGCUACGUCAGUCAUCUCUCUCCUUGUCUCUGCUACGUCAGUCAUCUCUCUCCUUGUCUCUGCUACGUCAGUCAUCUCUCUCCUUGUCUCUGCUACGUCAGUCAUCUCUCUCCUUGUCUCUGCUACGUCAGUCAUCUCUCUCCUUGUCUCUGCUACGUCAGUUAUCUCUCUCCUUGUCUCUGCUACGUCAGUCAUCUCUCUCCUUGUCUCUGCUACGUCAGUCAUCUCUCUCUGCUACGUCAGUCAUCUCUCUCGUCUCUGCUUUGUCAGUCACCUCUCUCCUUGUCUCUGCUUUGUCAGUCAUCUCUCUCCUUGUCUCUGCUACGUCAGUCAUCUCUCUCCUUGUCUCUGCUACGUCAGUCAUCUCUCUCCUUGUCUCUUUCCACGAACACCCCUGUCAACAACAACCACUCGCAGUGACAAUAUGCAGGGUCAAUGCUGCGGAUGCAGUGACAAUAUGCAGGGUCAAUGCUGCAGAUGCAGUGACAAUAUGCAGGGUCAAUGCUGCAGAUGCAGUGACAAUAUGCAGGGUCAAUGCUGCGGAUGCAGGGUCAAUGCUGCAGAUGCAGUGACAAUAUGCAGGGUCAAUGCUGCAGAUGCAGUGACAAUAUGCAGGGUCAAUGCUGCGGAUGCAGUGACAAUAUGCAGGGUCAAUGCUGCAGAUGCAGUGACAAUAUGCAGGGUCAAUGCUGCAGAUGCAGUGACAAUAUGCAGGGUCAAUGCUGCAGAUACAGUGACAAUAUGCAGGGUCAAUGCUGCAGAUGCAGUGACAAUAUG